AUCAGUGUUUAUUUUCAUCAGGUAACAAUUGAUGUGGUCAGUCCUCAAGCUGGUGUGCUACAAGAGUACGUGGCAAAAGAAGGGGAUACUGUGGAACCAGGUACCAAGAUUGCUAUCAUUUCGAAGUCCGCUGAAGGUGUAGCACCUGCUGAAAAGAAAUCAGAAAAACCUGCUUCCAAGCAAUCUCUUCCAGCUGAAACUGUAAAGGAGGAGAAGCCAAAAGCUAAGGCUGAAGCUUCUCCUGCUGUGGAGAAGCCUAAAUCCCCUUCUACACCACCUCCAAAACGAACUGCUACCGAACCUGUACUUCCACCCAAGGAAAGGAAAGAAGAGUUUCCUAUGACAAGGCUUAGGAAAUGGGUUGCUACACGAUUGAAAGAUUCCCAAAAUACUUUUGCUAUGUUAACAACGUUCAAUGAAGUUGACAUGACCAACUUGAUAAAGCUCCGAUCUGAUUACAAGGAUGCUUUUGUUGAGAAACACGGUGUGAAGUUGGGAUUUAUGUCUGGAUUUGUAAAAGCUGCCGUUGGUGCACUUCAGCAUCAGCCUAUUGUAAAUGCUGUAAUCGACAGGGAUGAUAUUAUUUAUAGGGAUUAUAUAGAUAUCAGCAUUGGUGUUGGUACUCCAAAGGGGCUUGUCGUUUCGGUAGUCCGUGAUGCUGACAAGAUGAAUUUUGCUGAAAUAGAGAAAACAAUCAACGGCCUUGCAAAGAAAGCAACUGAGGGGACCAUCUCAAUUGAUGAAAUGGCUGGAGGCUCGUUUACGAUAUCCAACGGUGGUGUUUAUGGUAGUCUGUUGAGUACCCCUAUUAUCAACCCUCCUCAGGUUUGUGGUUUCAAACUAAACUGUAUUCACUUACACAUGACUUUUUCCGCAUCGGUUGAGGUGUUUGAUCACUUCCGAGUUUCUCAUUUCUAGCUUUUGCUUGCGAGC